AUGUCCGAAGAACUCGAAGUGAAAGAUGAACGUCGAGAAAGCCAGGAAGAUGGCGGAGAGGAAGAAGAAGAAAUAGCAGCCAUGAAGAGGCGCGUUGCCGAAAUGGAGUCGGAAGCGGCCAAGCUGCGAGAAAUGCAAAGUCAACUCGAACAACAGUCAGAGAGUGGCCGCAGGGAAGACCGAGAGGACGUCGAUGCGCGCAGUAUCUUCGUGGGUAACGUGGACUACGGCGCAACACCGGAAGAGAUUCAAGAACAUUUUGCAAGCGGACCAGGAACAAUCAACCGCGUCACGAUCCUACUGGACAAGUUCACUGGUCAUCCAAAGGGGUAUGCAUAUGUGGAGUUCUCGGAUCCUGGAUUGGUGGCACAGGCUUUGGUUCUUAACGAGAGCCUCUUCCGUGGCCGCAAUCUCAAGGUCGUCCCAAAGCGCACCAACCUUCCCGGCAUGACUCGAGGCAGAGGUGGAAGAGGUGCACCGCCACGCGGAGGUCGAGGAGGCUUUGGAGGCCGUGGUGGUUUUGGAGGUGGCUACGGAGGACCCGGUGGUGGUUAUGGCGCUCCUAGAGGUGGCCCACGAGGUGGUUUCCGAGGUCGUGGUCGUGGAUUCGCCCCUUAUUGA